GAUGGCGGCGGCGCAAACGGAUCAUGAUGUGAAGAAGCUGGAGUUCUCUCUACAUGUCCCGUUUCCUUCCACACACCUAGCCACCAUCGCAUUGCGAUCGCUGUCCCCGGACAGAGAACCGAGGAGAGGCGGAGUCCACAAGCAGCUGUCGUUGCAGGACAACACGCUGUCUGUGUGGACCGCUGACACGGCGCGGGUGCUCCGCGUGUCCACCAGUUCCUUCCUGGAUCACCUGAUUCUCGUCCUGGAGACCAUGCAGAUGUUCCACAGCGAUCCCUGUGGCCAGUGAUGCCAGAGGUCGCUCAUGUUUGGCGUCACAACAGCUCAGGGAAGCGUUACCACGCUUCUGAGCCAGUAUCCCAGGGAAAAUGUGCUUGUACAAGCCAACUGACACACAAUGACAAAACCAAAUCCAGAGUGACAUCAUUGCUUCAAUAAAGUCAAAUGAUUUGAAUGAAACUUGAUCCAGUCUG